AUGGAGUCGGAGAGACCUCGAGGUAUCGCAAUUCCCGCGGCCAGAGCGGUGGCGGCUGAUGCGUUUCUUCUCACGCGAAAUCUCUCCGGCACGUUUUCCGCAGGUUCAGUUCCGAUUCGCGCACCUCUUACAAUUGACGACGACGAUGAUGAUGAUUCAGGCUCAGUAACCGACGGAUAUAACUCAGCCAGUAGUGAUGCUAGUAGUUACAGUAAGGGACUUGAUUCUGGGAGUGAUGAGGGUUUUGAGUCUGUUUCGGGAGAUGCAGAUGAUGAGACUGAGUUAGAGGAUGUGAUUGUGGGUGGGAUUAGGGUUGAUAGGCUAAUUGGGGAAGAGCCAGGAAGAGAAAUUGGAGAUGGAAGUGACUUUUCCGGCGGGAGUGUGAUUUAUAGACCAUUUGCUGGUGAUGAUGAUGAGGAAACCUCGGUUAAUUACACUUCUUUUGAGGAAGAGAGUGAGAAUAGUGAUGAGUUUGAGGAAGCUAGCGAGAGUGAAGUUGAUAGAGUUAGCAUGAAAGCGAAAGUUGUCAUUCCCCGAGCUAUUGUGUCUUUGGAUGAUGAUGAAUUUGGUGAAAUUUUGGGUAGUGAUGAUGAAGUGCUUGUAACAAAGUAUCCUGGUGAUGAAGAAACCGUAGUCGAAGAUAGGGAAUUCCAAUCUGGAGAUGUUGGAAUGGUUGAUGAACCAGGCUGCUCGGUCUCUGUUGUAAGUGAAACCGUUCCCUUAGAGGAAGAAGCGGUGAGAAUGAAUGAUCCCGAUAAGUUAGAGGAUGGUUUGAUGUCCUUUGGGAAUAUUCAAGAUUUGAGUCUUUGUGUUCCACCAGGAGGUUCUAAUGAUUUUGUGGUGGAAAAUGAAGAGAAUUUUAUUGAGGAGGGCAUGGGAUUAAGUGGAAGUUCCAAGCAACUUAUUGAGGAAGGGGUAGUUCAAAGAAGUAUCAUCGAGGAUGAUGUUGGUGGUAGCAUUCAUGAAGUCAGCGCCUUAAUGAAAGAAGGUGAUGUAGAAGGAGUAGAAGAUAGUGCAGUUAAAAUAGGAGAAAUGGAAAGGACUGAACCAGAGUGCUCAGGUUCUGUUACAGGUGAACUUGUUUCCACGGAUGAAGAUAUGGUGCAGGUGAAAUUUCCUGGCCAUGGCUUGGUGUCUUUUGAGACUAGUCUUGGUGUUGCGCCGAGAGAUUGCAAUGAGUCUCUAGUGGAAAGUGAAGGAAACGCUGUAGAUGUGGAUAAAGGAUUAGAUGAAACUUUGAGCCAGCUUGUCGAACAAGGGGUAAGUCAAGGAAGUAGCAAUAACAGGAUUGGUGAUGACAGUUCUUGUGAAGCAGAUGAAUUGCUGAUUCCAGGUGCGUGGGUAGAAAGUAGAAAAUCAGGGGAUGACUACACUGGAAAUAUGAUAGGCAGGGCAAAAGAACAGUGUGAGAAUGAUUGUGGUGCUGUUCUCGAAUUAGAAAAGCCUGAAUGUGAGGGCAAACCUGAAACUGGUUUGAGCUCUGAAAGUUCUCAGUUGACUCCAAUUCUGAAUUCUGUAACGACGAGGAACCUUGAGAUCGCUGGAGGAGCAGAUGUUGUUGUAAGUGGGUGUGGUUCUCCCGACCAAAAAGCUGAACAAGAAGCUGAAAAUGAAGAAUCAGAGGAUACUGACACUAAGUUAUCAGUUCUUGAUGAAGAUAGAGCAUCGAGUUUAAGAAGUUCCUUUGGAAUGGCCAAUGAGAGUGUGGAAAAUGGAGAGCAGAUUUCAGACCAGAAUAAUGAGCAAGUCAGUUUUCAGUCUGAUAGUGAAGCGCAUCAAAUCUCAGUGGGCGAAGAAACCACACCUGCAAAUUCUUCUGUGAUUGCUUAUGAUGUAAUGGAAAAUGAGACGCAGAUGGCGCGUCUGAUUCACAAUCACACUUUUAUGGGGCGUGACGAGUAUGAAGGAACAAGUGAUACAAGGGAGAAACUCUCUGAAUCCACUUUCCAAAAUUAUUCUGAAAAAUUAUCCCCUAAUUCUGUGCAGCUGAUAAGUGAGAAAGUGAAGGAAAGAGUUGAGAAGACCAAGCUCUUGAAAGAAAAGCUCCAGAGGAUUAUAAGAAAGAUAGAUUUGUGCAGUGAAAAUCCAGCUGUUACUGAAGUUGAGUCUAAGCUGAGCCUAGCUGGUGGAGAACAUCAAACGUCUUUACGGCUUGGUGACGUGUCUGAGGGAGCAAAGAUAAGGUUGCCUGAACAAGAGUUUCCAGAUGAUGUAGACUUCUCUAUUAACGUCCUUGUCAUCGGGAAAAACGGGGUGGGAAAAAGUGCAACGGUUAAUUCUAUCUUUGGGGAGACUAAGUCUCCUGUUGGUGCGUUUAGAGUAACUACAAAGUCUGCAAAUUACGUAGUUGGGAACGUCGGAGGAAUCCUGGUAAGAAUACUUGACACGCCAGGUCUCAUGUCCGCUGCAACUGAGGAACGGUUUAAUCAGGAAGUUCUCAUGUCGAUCAAGAAGAGCAUGAGAACGUUCCCGGUUGAUGUCAUACUCUAUAUUGACCGUGUAGACGAGAAUCCAGACAUCCAUUUACUCAGAAUCGUCACUAGUUCACUGGGCUCAUCUAUAUGGCAAAACGCUAUCGUUGUUCUAACUCACGCAGCUUCUGGUGUCCCAGAUUCUUCAAGCUACAAAGACUUUAUUGCUCAGAGAUCUUCUCUUAUGCAUCAAUCAAUCAGAAAAGCAGUUCCAGAGUUAAGCUGUGUAGACAGGAGCAAGAUGCCUAGAAUUGUUCUGGCAGAGAACAAUAUGAGCUCUUUCUCAGCAAACAAGAGUAGUGAAUGUACUUGUACGGAGUGGAGAUCGAACCUAAUGAUCUUAUGUUGUUCGGUUAAGAUGGGGUCAAAAGCGGAUUCUUUGCAAAAGCACAAUGCCCUUGUAGAAAAGCCGCUUCGAUCUUUCACUAUGUUCUGUUCCUUGUGGAAUGUGUUGCUUCUCGGAGCUCACUCUGGAGACGCUUCUUCUUUGGAGAAGAAGAAAAGGAAUUUGUUUGAAACUCAUCAUGAAAUCCUGUGGGACGAAGAGAGUCAAGAAUGUCUCGAGCGAGAAGUGAAGAAUCAAGAACCAGAAGACGAGGAGAGAAGAAGACAUGAAGAAGCAAAAAUAAACAUGGGAUUGGAAAAAGGAAGUGUUCUUGAUCGUGUGAGAACGAGAAGAGGAAGGCUUGGGUUCCAAGCAACAAAAAGGUUUGGUGUUUAUCUCGAUACAUCUGAUUUGCACACAGGGUUUGCAAUCGGAAACCGAGGCUACAGAAAGCACGAAGAACAAGAAGGGAGAAUCUUGAUGAGGAUGUCUGUUUUAGGUAUGGUUCCUAUGUUGGUGUCUAUAUUCACUUCCGUCUAUGGUCGAAAAGAUAUUUGA